AUGCUUGCUGCUUUGGUUUACAGCAUGCCGAACCUGAAUUGGAUGGAUCCGAAGGACCACACAGAAUUGUUCUCCGGCUGUGGCUCGGUCACCCGCGGCGAACUUCAGGAAGGCAGAUCUGUCUUUGCGUACGACAUCGAGUACAACAGGGAGUUCAUGGACAUCAUGUCACCUCAGGGGUAUGCCCUUGCCAUUUUUGCAGUUCUCAACACCAAGAGGGCAGGAGGACAUGGUGACAUUCUCGACAACCUUGACCGCUUCAAACCGCUCCGGGUGCCGAUCCAUGAGAAGAGCGAGUUGGUUGAGAAGUACAUUGAUGGGAAAGGGAAAGCCCGCAUAAAGGGAUCUGCUCAACUGAAAUCUUCGCAGGCUUAUCCAAUACAGUUCGGCCGUGCCCUGGCAAAACUUAGAACCAGGCACACGCAGGAUGUGAAGAAAGCAGCGAAGACCUUCUUGAAGAAGCAGCCUCAGCCAGCAUCCCGGAAGAGAUCCAGUUCUUUGACCAAAUGGAUUGAAAUGGCGGAUCUUCAGCCAGUGUUUGAAUACUUAAGCUGA